AUGGAUAUCCAACGCCAGUUUCCUGAUGUCCACUGGAUCUGGGGCGGAGGCAUCUCUUUCGUUUACGAGGUCCACCCUCGCAUUGUUGUCAAAGUCCCGAAGUCUGGGGAAUUCGAGAGGGAACAAUUUCAGAAAGAGCUUGAGAUAUAUCAAGUAUUCUUGCAAAAUCCGCCUUGUCCCUCUAUUGUGCAGUGUUUUCUCUCUUCCGGCAGUGGCAUUUUUCUCGAGUACAUGAGAGACAAGUCCCUUUCUUCUAGGAUACAAAACAAUCAUAUUCGGGACCAGCAAACUAUGGUAGUUACUAAAGUUGAGAAGUUGGAACCUCUACUCCUACGAAAAGAAUGGAUGAACGAUCUCGCUCAAGCUGUCGCUUUCUUGGAAUCCCUCAACCUCGCUCAUGGUGAUCUACGACCUGAAAAUGUUCUACUUGACCGCAAUCGACUAAAGCUAUCCGAUUUUGAUUGUACGGCGAAAAUUGGGACAAAUUACGAAGCUUGCAUGGCUCCGUAUGGCAGAAUGCUCAAUAACGAGGAGUCAGACCAAGGAGAAUGUGGAACCCCUGGCUUUCUUGGCCCUCGAACAGAACAGUUCGCCCUUGGUUCCUUAUAUUAUUUGAUAAACUACGGCUUUGAGGUUUAUGGAGAUCGCUGUCUUGCCGAGGAUCCUUACGAACAUGGUCCUAAGGUCGUGGACUUACUACAGAACAUGGAGUUUCCGACAUUAGACGGCAAUCCGCUGAUUGACGAUAUCAUCCACAAAUGUUGGCAUAAUAAAUAUGUCACGGUUUCAGAAUUAGCCGCGCACACGAAAUCACUUUUGAACGAAAGAACUGAUGCAAUGAAAAGUAGCGAAGUGGUAACACUCAAAACAAUAUUCAACGAACGAUGGCAUAUGGCCAUGGGUCGCAUAAUUCAUGGGAUAUUUUAUGGCCUUGGAGCAUGGUGCAGGUCAUUAUUACACAGUUUCCACGGUAAGGCAAUUAUCGCUGAGCGAGCCAGUGGCGACAAUCGUGAUAGUAAGGAUGAAAACUGCUUGGGUGAGGAAUUUAUUUCGAAAAAGGAAUUAUGUCGGGACCUGGAGAAACGUGGACUUCUUCAUGCGCUUUCUUCAGGCGAGCCUGAGCAAAUUGGAUUCACCUUCGAUUGGUAUAGACACAGUAUUUAG